AUGGCAGUCGUACACCGAACUCAACGCUUCAAACAUCGGAAGGCGUUUGCUGCAAGGAAAGAGGAGUCUACGUUCAUUCGGUCCAAAUAUCCCCAGAAGAUACCGGUUAUUGUGGAACGAUAUCCUGGCGAGAAACACCUGAAACAGUUGGAUAAAACCAAAUUCCUGGUUCCUCAAGAUGUAAUCGUGAGCCACUUCAUUACCAUCAUCAGGAACCGUCUAGCUCUAACACCUAAUCAAGCAUUUUACCUGGUGGUGAAGAAUAAGAGUCUCUCCAAUAUGUAUGCCACCAUUGCUGAACUGGACCAAGAAUACAUGGAUUCUGAUGGUUUCUUGUACAUCUCCUAUGCAUCCCAGGAAAUGUUUGGUAAAAUUACAGCA